AUACUUGAAAUACUUGCUCUCAAUGGGGAUGGCAGUCCGACCUGCAACCCUGAACCAGAGGACUGAGCGGAGGGAGUCAGGUUCCAGCCCGGCUCAGAGACUCUGUUUGUUUGUCCGAGGAGGAGGAGGAGAAGAAGAAAACAACAACAACUUCCACGUUUGGUUAAAUGAGUCUGACUGAAAGUUGAAGUGUGAGAGAAGUUUCCCUGCUGCAGAGGAGCGACAUGGAGAACUUCAGCUGUGAGACCGGGAGGCCCUAGCAAGACAAAGAGACAAAAGGCCAACUAGAGGAACCAUCUGUGGUUGGUUAGCAGAAGGCUCCUUGAUCCUGCAAUGCCAGAAGAAGCCAAUAAGGACGCCAUGAGAACACCAGCGACCCCCGAGAAGUCCAACAACAACGACAGUCCCGUCCCCCCCCGCGAUGCCACGACAGUCAGCAUCCCCCUGGUCAAUGAAGUCCAGCUGACCGCCGCCACAGGUGGAGCGGAGCUGUCCUGCUACCGCUGCACCGUCCCGUUCGGCGUGGUGGUCCUCAUCGCCGGGAUCGUGGUCACCGCUGUGGCUUACAGCUUCAACUCGCACGGAUCCACCAUCUCUUACUUUGGGCUGGUGCUCCUCUCGGCCGGACUGGUGCUCCUGGCGUCCAGCGUGGUCUGCUAUAAGAUAAGGAUGGAGAGGAAGAAGGAGCGCCGACGGGAGAGCCAAACCGCCCUGGUCACCAACCAGAGGAGUAUUUUUGCUUGAAGUUGAGCACACAUGCUGGUUCUUCGUGAUGGAUUUGGAGAACCAGCAGUGGACGGGUGUUAUGGUGGAUUUCUGACCUGUGAAAGCUUUGACCGCAGACUCCUCAAGGCCCAGAACUGAAAGCUUUGAAAACAUUUUAAAAGGGAGAUAUUCGUCAAACAGACGCGGGACAUCUGGCGAGCUGGGAACGCAGCCAGGGAGGAGUGUAUCACAAUUAAGAUGAAUUACAACCGUGCAAAGCAAUGAGGAGGAAGUGUACCAUUAAUCUGAGGCUGUUUGUGGCGACUUUGACUCUAACAGGAGUGAUUGCGGGUUUUAAAAUCCCAGUAAAAUCCAGGACAAUGAUUCAUGACUCAUUUACUCUGCUUCAACUUGGACAUAUCUCUUUAUUAAUUCUCAUCUUACAGGGGAUUUAUGAACUUCCUCGACUGGAAGUAUGGUACUAAUUAUGAGGACUGUGUUCAAAAUCUGCCAAUGUAUCCUGUCAGACUGAAUAGCACAUGAUAUUAAACAUAGAGAGGAUAUUUAACCUUAAAUAUAUGUUCUCUGAAAGCACUUUGUUCCUUCAUAAUCAUCAUACCAGUCAUACUAACAAACUGAAUGAAGUUAAUGUGUCCAUGUUGCCAAUAUUGACAAGUUUAAAGAUCUAAAUGCUUCAUAUUGUGUCACAUUUGUCCAUACUGUAAAAAAUAUACUGUAAAAAAUGUAGCAUAUGUUUUAUUUGAUGUAAUCUUUGGCAUGUAUAAACUGUUCCCAGGACGUCAUGAGGUUAAAUAAACUCAUUGAUAUGAAUGUAA